ACCUCAGGUCUUAUUUGUCAUGCAGUAGAUAGUUCCAAGGAAGUGGAUGAACAAACGGUAUGUUGAGUGCAUUUACUGGCUCUGUUGAACGUAUUUACCCCUAUGAUAGAAAUGCCGAAUUUGCUCACUUUCUUUUGGCCAAAGCAUUAGAAUGUCAACCAUCCGAAUCUCAAUUAAAUUCCUCUUCAAACUUCUUUGUAGCAGGAAGUGAAGAACAAAUAGAAAAAUCAAAGGAUGACGAAGAAAUGGAGGAAGAACCUUUUGAAAGGAGGGAAAUCAAAAAUAAUUCUUCAAAAAGAAUAUUAAUUGAGGAAAAGAAAAUUAUUGAAGAAGUUGAGGAAAAAGAAAAAGAAGAGAAAAAUCAACGUCAAAAAGAUAUAGUAGCUGUUUUACCGUUGAAAAAAGAGGAAGAAGAAAAUUUUAAUUUAAAUUUAGAGAAUAAAAUUGUUUUGCCUAACAAACAAAAAUUAAAUGAAAAUAAUUUAAAAAAUAUUGAGAGGGUUGUUUUGUCUAGAAUAAAUACAACAAAGAGUAUAAUUGUUACUAGUACAAUACCCCCAACAUUAAUUAAUCUUUCUACUACAAAAUCAUCAACAAUUGCUUUACUGAAAACAACAACUAAUAAACAAAAUGUUGGAAGAAUUAAUGAAAAUAAUUUCAGAAACAAUGUUCUUAGUCAAAGAGGAAGAAAUGAGUUGAAUACUGCUUUUACUACAUCUACUAGAAGACCAACUGCAACAUCAAUUAAUUCUUUUAGAACCUCCCGAAAACAACAAACAAUAUUAGAACCUAAAACAACACAAAUAAUUCCUUCUCAAAGAACACGCCCACCUCUUCCAUCUAUUGUAUUUUCAUCAACACCAUUAACAACUUCAAGCACAUUUUCAUCACCUACAACAACAUUCAGGCCUGGAUGCCUUAUUGAUUUAAUUCUUUUAAUUGAUUCAUCUGGCAGUGUGGAACAAGCUUUUGAACAAGAAAAGCGUUUAGCUGCAGAUAUAAUUCGAAAAUUGCGGUUGGGUCCCAAGAAUGCACAUGUCGCACUUAUUAAAUUUGCAGCAGCAGAUAAAGUGCGCACAAUACAAUCAUUUUUAUCACCUCAAAGUCAAGAAAGGUUGCUUUAUUUGCUCAAUGACAUUCCAUUUAGUGAUGGAAUUACAGCUAUACAUUCUGCUCUACGACAGGCAAUUGUCGAGUAUUCAAUUGAGCGAGGUGCCAGGCCAGGUGUGGCAACUCCGAUAGCAGUUGUUAUUACUGAUGGAUUUGGACAACAUGACUUUUCAGUUGAAUCAAUAGAACUUCAUAAACUUAUUCCUAAUGUUUUCGCUGUUGCUGUAAAUAAUAACGAAACAAUGGCUGUUGCCAGGGAUGAAUUGGCUAGGAUUAGUGGAGAUCCAAAUAAAGUUUUUACAGAUAAAAGUAUUGGUGAAUUUCAUAAAAUAUUGCGUGAACAACUACGUGGAUGUUAG